AUGAUAGACACACAUUUGAACAAGAAGAGAGAAAGUGAAAGAGACAAAGUAAUUAACCGCACAGUGGAUCAAACAAGAACUAUUCUAAAACAUAACAACGACAUAUUGAUAUUGAAUGCGGAUAAAGGCAAUGUAACGGUGGCAAUUACCAAGGAAGAUUAUCAAGCAAGAAUGAACAAUAUAAUAUCGGACAUGAUGUCAUAUCAACGUAUUAAUAAGGACCCAACAACAAGUUUAAUUAAAAAGAACAAUGAACUAGUGGAAGAGUUAUACAAGAAUAACAUAAUUUGUGCAAUAGAGAGACGAAAACUUAAAUCAGACGUGGCCACCGCACCAAGACUAUAUGGACUUCCCAAAAUACACAAAGAAAAUUAUCCAUUACGGCCGAUAUGUUCCUCCAUAAACUCACCUUCCAUACAACUUUGCAAAUACAUGGUUAAAAUACUCAAGAACUUGACAAUUAACUCAAAAUACAACGUAAGGGACUCAAUUGACUUUAAAAAGAAGAUAACCAAUUUAACUGUCGGUGAGAAUGACAAAAUGGUAUCGUUUGAUGUGAUAUCACUGUUCCCGAGCAUACCAGUAAACCUAGGAAUAAAAAUAAUAGAAGAAAAAUGGGACGAAAUACGAGAAUACACUAAUAUGACAAAGGCCUUAUUUUCCAGUAUUCUUACGUUUUGCAUUAAGGACAACCGCUACUUCACGUAUAAUGACAAGGUUUACAAACAGAAAAAAGGACUGCCAAUGGGUUCACCAGCUUCUCCAAUUGUAGCUGAUAUAGUGAUGGAGAAACUUCUUGACACCUGUAUGGAACAACUAACGACGAAACCUACACUAGUAACCAAAUAUGUUGACGAUCUUUUUGUGAUACUGGGGGAAGAUGCAAUAACAGAUACCUUGACUAUUUUAAACAGCUACAACAACAAUAUAAAGUUCACAAUGGAGAAAGAGAACAACGGAUGCUUACCGUAUUUGGACACGUUGGUGUAUCAAAAUAAGGAUAAUAAUGAACACGGCAAACAACUUAGCAAACAGAAUUUUAAAAAUAAGCGAUGA